AAAGAGCAAAAUUUGUCUCGUGCCGAAAGUAAAACAAACCCGCCUGCCUUUAUCAUUACAUUAAACCCAUUGAAUUGAAGAAAAACCAUUUGAAGAGAAUGCGAUUUUCCUAAUGCGCAUGCGAUCUGAGGAUACACGUCACAUUGUAUAUCUUAGCGUCAACAUAACCUUAAAGUUACGUUGGUUUUGCCGAUUGGAGCUCACGUGGUCGAAAAAAGUUUAUCGCUUUCGUUAGCAGUUGAAAUAGCAAAUACGAUUUAUAAUAAUGGGGCUGGACAAUAAGCAGAAUAAUAAUGUAUUCGCACGGCCUCAAAGACCAAAAAUUAAAAAGAAAAGAUCGAGAACAAUAUCGGAAGCGUCGGUAAUAUCCGACAUAUCCUUAGCAAGGGAUUCUGAAAAUGAAAGUAUCGAUAAUCCAGUAAAAUCAAAGAAAAAACGAAUAGGCGCCUACAAUGCUAACGAAGAAUCAAGGUUAGAGAAAUUAGUUUUUGGUGAUCCCACUGAUGUAAUUAAAAAUUUGGAAAGUGACAAUGAGGAGGUGCAGAGGAUUAUUCAGCAUAAUGUUAAAGAUAAAGCUAGUAACUAUUCGAGUGAAAGCAGUGACACCGAUGAGAACGAUUCGGUUAUAUUGAUGAAAUCUGACAACGAUUCUAUAAUUACGGUAGACUCAAAAAUUUCAGUCGCGCGUCCUGCAUGGCAGGACGAGGACGACGAAGUUCUAACAGUUAAAGAGGCUUUGAUCAGUCAAAAUCGCCGACUACCCAAUGGUCGACCGGAAGUCAAGUAUAACGAAUUGUUACAAAAUAAAUUUACCCAUAUUGUUGGGACGCCAAAAUGGGCGAAAUUAGAUAGAGAAAUAGACGAAGAUUCGGAGGAUUCUGACAAUGAGCUUUUAAAACAUAGUAAUCACUUGAUUCCAAAUAAAAGUAAAUCUUUAGCGAAAGGAACUAUCGAUUUAAAAGUUCUAGCUCAUGUAAAUAAACAGACGCAUACGGAAGGUCCAUUCGUUAAUUCUGUACAAUUUCACAAACUGUCGACGGUAGCAUUAGUCGCAGGCUCGUCUGGAGUACUCUCGUUGUUCGAGAUUGAUGGACGAGAAAACAAUAAAUUACAUACUAUGAAAUUUGAAAGAUUUCCAAUACAUACGGCAAGGUUUUUGCAAGAAGGAUCAUCGAUACUCGUUGGUUCAGGGAAACACGCGUACUGCCAUUCUUACGAUCUGAUGACCGGAAAGACAUUUAAAAUACCUUUACCACAUGGCAUUACAAAUAUGAAGAAUUUCGAGGUAUCACCCGAUGGUAAACUCAUAGCUAUUUCUGGAAGGUUCGGAGAAGUAUAUCUACUAUCCAGUAUUACAAAGGAGCUGAUAGGAAUGAUACAAAUGAAUAAAAAAUGUCAAGCUUUCGUUUUUACACCAGACAGUACAAAAAUCAUCACGCACGGGGACAGCAGCGAGUUAUAUACCUGGGAUAUUGGUUCGCGAUCGUGCUUGAACCGAGCCUUCGACGAUGGCUGCCUCUCAGGUUCUUCGAUAGCGAUGUCGCCGAAUGGCCAAUUCGUCGCAACGGGGAGCAAACAGGGCGCCGUCAAUCUCUACGAUGCCAACUCCAUUAUAAAUGAAAGGGCGCCAAUGCCAGUGAAGACGGUGCUGAAUCUCGUCACAUCCAUCACGAAGCUUAAAUUUAACUCGAGCACCGAGAUACUCGCCAUAGCUUCCGAGAAGAAGGAGACCGCCUUCAAAAUGUUACAUUUACCAUCGUUUCACGUAUUUUCCAACUUCCCGACCUUCAACACGACAAUGUUCAAUCCAGUGGACAUGGAUUUCUCGCCUGCGAGCGGCUACCUCAGCAUCUCCAAUAACAAGGGCUUCGCUUAUCUAUAUAGAUUGAAGCAUUAUGGAAAUUAUUAGAUUAGUGUAUUACCCUUAUAUAUCGCACUUUGCAAAUAAUUCAAUAAGUCAAUCGAUCGAUCGAUUGCACUGUCCAUCCCUUGUCUCAUUAGAUCUCGACAUUUUU